AGCGAUGAUAGGGUUUGUUUAUGCUGUUUUUGCGGGCUUUUGUGCAGCGACUGCUUCAACAUGUGCCAAAUUAGCAAUGUCGCCUGAGCUUCAGAGGAAUUUUUGGUGCGAUUUGUUUCUCCAAAGAGUGGCUGAGAGUCCCUCGCUUUCAUCAGUCUGCGAAACGGUCAGUUACUCCGCUUUGAUUCUUACUUUAGUAACGUAAUUAGUGUUAUAGAUGAUCUGGGUGCGAAUAUGUUUAGUUAAGUUCGGUCCUUUUGACUUCGAAAGUGUCGGUGAUGGAGCUAAUGAACCGGCCCGCGUAUUAAACUGUCAUAGUUUGGUUACAAAAGAACGGGGGGAUCCUGGGUGGGUAUCCCGGGGGGGAGAGGGUACUCGACCAGUAUUUGGAUACUGGUUUGAAACCCGGAGCUUUUUUAGGACACAAAAUCCUAAAAUACAAACCCUGUUUAGGACAACAUUCACCCCGUCUUGUUUUAAAGUCGUUUAUUGGCAAUUGCAAUAGAGCAAAUUCACGUUAUAGUCAUUAAUGCUUUUGUAUACUUGUAGUGCAGACAAUUACAAAUUUUAUCAAGCAAGUCAAACCAAUCAUGCAGGCAAUACCCUGUUAAUCAUAAGGACCCAUAAGGACAUAAUUGUAUACCCGUUUUUUUUUAGGACAGAGAGAGUAAAAAUCAUACACUCCAGUGGCACAUCCCUGUAUAUGGAAUUGUCUUUUAACUAUUUUCAGAUUGUCAUAAUUUCAAGAGUGUUAUCUUUUCUUCUGGUGUUCUUUUUCAAUGCGUUGAUGUGGACACUGUUUGUCAAGUCUCUAAGAGGCUCUUCAUCUUCAGCAACAGCAACAGUGAUAAAUACAGGCUCAAAUUUUAUCUGCACUGUAAGUACUGCAAUCUUAUGUUAUUUGGACAACCAUUAUUAAUGAUAUAAAUUAGGAGGAAUCCAGCCAUCAGAACUUAGACAGGGAUAGGUUUGUAAUUUUAUGAAUCCUUUAAGUGAAGGACAGUUUAAUAAGGACAGAGUGGGGGUUGACUUUAACUGGUCAAGAAGAAAGACAGAAUUUUUUGAAAAGCCAGCCAAGCAAUCAAAAACAACAGGAAGUGGCUACUCAGAUUGAAAUUUAUGAAUCAAGUGAAUAUAAUUUUUAUUUCUCUUUUAUAAUAUGAAAAUAUACUUCUUCAAUUUAUGAAACAAAAGCAUCUGCUUAAUUUAUUAACUCCAAAAAUAUUUAUAAGUUCCAUUUAUCUUUUAAACAGUUUUUCAGAACUUUUGUUUUGGUACCUCUAUGGAGCUUUUUAAAGUAUUACUUCUAAAAUAAAUAUUGGUGGUAUCAGUCAUUAGAUGUACUCAAGUGACUGAAUCAUAGAAGAAAAUUUUCGGUGCCAGCAAAUUUUCAAUUUCACGCGUGUUUUGCCCAAAUCCUAAUAAUAAAGGAUUAAAUUAUUGGUAUUGGCAGGGUAGAAAUUGAUAUGCAUACAUUUAUGAAUAAUGAUUAACAUAUUUUAUACUCUUAGAUUGUAAAGUGAUGUAGCUGCUCCUUUAUCUAGUAGCUGACUGUAUGUUGAUUCCCUGUCACUAAAAACUACACGCAGUGCAGGCUUAUUCAAUGCAAUGACUCAAGUUUUUCGAUAUUCCCAGAGCUACAGAAGUGCCAUACUACGGAACAAAUUUACUAACUGAAAAUGUGGCAGAACAAAGGCCUUAUACAAUUUUAACAUGGUGGAGGUGUUUACACGCUUGGGUUAUCUUAUCAUCACAUUCAGUUGAUUGUUGACUUUUUUACAAAUAAGCGAGACUUGCUCUUUCGUGUGUUUAGGUUUUCUCAAGCGUCUUUAAAUGCCCUGACAUCUUCAUAAUUUUUUACAAAAUUCAACUUCAUUACCAUCUAGGCACUGAGACCUAUGGAAGGUUGCCAUGGCAAUUUGUAACUUCACAUGUGAAAUAUUUAAUUAAAUUAGUUGCCCCUCACGGCGCACUGUGCUCAUAAGCGGCAUGUAACGCCUGAGGCUUUUCCUGCACAUUUGCUCUAGCUCUCCAACUGACUCUCCUUGAUAUUUUGCUAGCGCAAUCUCAAAUGCCCUUGAGACCACCUUUUUUAGCUCUGCUAUCGCGAUGAAAUCUCGGAGGGUGCUCCUGGGACAACCUGAUAGGCGAUAGGCAUUGGCCAUACUGCAGUUGUUAUCCUUCAUCGUUUGUAGAACUUUGUCGCAUCGGGAGUGUAUGCUGCUGAGGCUGUGGCUACUGAUGCGGGUCGAUUGCUGUUGUGGUGGGUCUGGAUGCUGCGGUUCUCUGACUGAAGAACUGUUCCUUGCUGACUGAAGCUCUUGUUUUAAGCUUGCAAUGAGUUUUUUGGCCUCAAUGAGUCUUUUCUCCAGCGUCUUUAUGGCUUCACAUUUUGUUCGAACCAGGUUGGCCAGCUCUUCGGCAUCAUUCACUGCUUCUUCGUGCUCUUUCUCCUUUUCCUCCAACUGCUGUCCAAGGAGUUUCGUUUCUUUUUCCUGAUUUCGGAAGGCUUGUGCAAGUCUUUGGUGGUCUUUCAGUAAGCUGUCAUACCGCUUCUGGAGAUCUUUGUUGUUAAGUGUCGGUUUGCUGUUGGUCAACUGUCGGUUAACUGUUGGUAUACUACUGGCCGACAGUUGGCCAACAGUAUACCGACAGUCGGCCGACAGACUUUCAGGGGAGCUGUUCUUCACUUUUACCCAUCAACAAUAUUACUUUCAUGUGGUCAUUGCACUCUGGCAGUGUUGCUUUCUAUCUUGAAAGAUCAUAAAAUAGUUCCAAUCUGUUGUUUAAACUUAAGUCAUAUAAGAGCAGAGUUGCUAAAGGUGGAUUAUCUCUUGCAGGCUCUGUUGGGUUGUUUGCUGUUUGGUGAGGCCUUGACCAUGAGAUGGUGGUUGGGCACAUCUCUGAUCCUAACAGGCUUGAUUCUGAUUCACUAUAACAGUGUACCGUUAACUAAAGAACAUCCAGAUGUCAAGAAAGAGUAA